AUGGUGGAGAAAAUUCUUGACGAUCGCCAGCGAAGGCAUCAGACUCAGUACCUUGUCAAGUGGCAAGGGUACCCAGACGACGAAGCCACCUGGCAGCCAGAAGGGAACUUGCUGGACGAGGCCGACCAGAAUGCUUCGCUGUCAACUCCUAGCUUUCCAUCGGCAUGGUGUUCAGCUGCAGCGGCAUCUGGUCCGGGUAGUUCAAGUUGUUGGACGGCUGCACUGGCACUGUUUGGAGAGGGUAUGGAUGAGACGGGCAAGCUGCUGCUCAGUGCCGUCUUUCUCACGGAAUCCGGACUGCUGGUUGGCCAGUUGCCAAUAAGAGAUAAUAGUCUAGGCGCAUCAUCAGUAGCCAUGCUGGAGCUAUCCUGUGGAACCAGCUCCCAGACACAGCACGCCUCCAAAGAAAGCGCACCACUUUCAAAUCGCUAA